AUGGCAACGGCUGUCAGCUCUUCUGAAAAGUUUUGCUGGGUGACCUUGGUCACGCAUCCAUCCUACGUGCCUGGUGUGAUCAUUCUGGCCUAUACUCUGGAUAGGCACAGGUCCAAAUAUCCGUUCCUCAUUCAGUACACGUCUACGCUAGGCAAUGAGGCAGUCCAUGCUCUCGAGGCAGAAGGUCGAAACUAUGGCCGCAUCCAUCUCCAACAGGUCGAACUUCUGCUGCCGAGGAAAGAUCAAGAGAACACAGGCAGUGUUGCCCAGCGCUUCAAAGACACGUUUACAAAGCUUCGCGCUUUUGAGGUCUAUAAGCUGGGAUAUUCCAGAGCUGUCUUCCUCGACGCGGACAUGGCGGUUUUUCGAAAUCCCGACGAAAUAUUUGACUGCAAGCUCCCCGGCAGCGACUGGCUGGGUGCCAAUCAUGCUUGCGUGUGUAACCUCGACCAUGAUUCCUGGGCUCCGUCCGACUGGGUCAAAGGAAACUGUGCCUACACUCCUCUGACCUCUCCAGACGAAGUGGCAGCGGAAAUAACUCCUGCAUCGAGACCCACCUAUCGUCUACUCAAUGGCGGAAUGCUUCUGUUCAAUCCAAGUGGAGAACUCUGGGCCAGAAUGCUUCACUACUUCAACACGUCUGACCGGCUGAAAACCUACCAGUUCCCCGACCAAGACUUCCUUGCUGAUUUUUUCCGCGAUAAAUGGUUGCCUCUCUCUUGGAAAUACAACGCCUUGAAGACUAUGAGGUAUUGGCACCCUCGCAUCUGGUCGGACGAAAAGCUGGUGGUCCUCCACUACAUUGUGGACAAGCCGUGGGAGCGACAACUCGGCCCGGGAGGGAUUGGUGGGCAUCUGGGAAGAGAUGGCGAAACCCAUCAGUGGUGGUGGAAAAUCUACCGAGACUGGAAAGCACAGCGUGCAACAGCUCCCGACGAUGACAUAGUCCUCAAUCUCUUGGAAAAGCUUGUUGAGACGAAAGAGCCGUUUACUGAGAAAAUACCUCUGCCGCAAGAGGUUGGCAAGGUCGAGGAUGUCCUGAUGUAUCCAUGA